AUGGCCGCAAAGGAAGCCAGAGUCGGCCAGAAGAGAAAAGUCGCCGGCAAGGGAAAGCCGGACGCCAAGGUCAAGAAGGCCCGGCUUAACGACUCCAAGCCCGCAAAGAUGGCGGCCAAGGAGGCGACCGAGGAUGCGUCCCGCGACGUUGAAGCCUUUUCCGACUCAGACUUGGACGAAGAGGGUGGCGUGAAGCUCGAGGAAAAGUCUGCGGGCAAGGGGUCCACGCAGACUGGUGGCGCUUCCAAUUCGACCGUCUUCGACCGCGGCGGCCUGACGUCCCGGGAAUCGCAUGCAAAGCAGAAGCAGCUGGCCCAAGAACGAAGGGCGGCGAAGCCGUUGGCAGACGAGGUUCAGCGGACCAAGAAGAUCUGGGAGAGAUUGCGAAAGAAGUCGCACGUCCCCAAGGACGAGCGGCAAGCGCUGGUCAAGGAACUGUUUGGCAUCAUCACCGGUCGCUGUCGGGACUUUGUCUUGAAGCACGACGCUGUCCGGGCCGUGCAGACGGCCAUCAAGUACUCGACGCCCGAGCAGAGAAAGCAGAUUGGCCGGGAGCUCGAAGGAAGCUACGCUCAGCUGGCCGAGAGCCGAUAUGCAAAGUUUCUCAUCGGAAAGCUGCUGGUGCACAACGAUGACGAGAUCCGGGACUUGAUUGUGCCAAACUUUUACGGCAAGGUGCGCAAACUCAUCAACCACUCCGAGGCCUCGUGGAUCCUCGACGACAUAUACCGGACCGUGGCAACCAAAGAGCAAAAGGCCAUCCUGCUGCGCGAGUGGUACGGCCCCGAGUUCAGCCUCCGAGAAAUGACCAGAGACACCAAGCCCACGGCGGAUCUGAAACAGAUACUCGAGGACGAACCCAGCAAGCGCGGCCCGAUCAUGAAGAGCCUCGCGGACAUGAUCAACUCGCUCGUCCAAAAGAGAAUGUCAGGCUUCACAAUGCUGCACGAUGCCAUGCUGCAGUACUUCGUCAACACUCAGGCCGGCACGGAAGAGUUCGCCGAGCUCAUGGAGAUGGUCAAGGGAGAUGAAAGCGGCGACCUGUUGAAAAACAUGGCCUUCACCAAGUCCGGUGCCCGGCUGACCUGCCUGCUUUUCGCAUACGGGACGUCCAAGGACCGGAAGCAUCUGCUCAAGCCGUACAAGGACACCAUUGUCCUCAUGUCUGGGGACUCGUACGCCCACGUCGUCAUCCUCACGGCCUACGACGUCAUUGACGACACCAAGCUGGUGGCCAAGGCGGUAUUCCCAGAACUCCUCGGCGACAAGGCAGAGGAGACGGCGCAAAACGUCAUCGGGGCCGUCAACAACCCCAACGCGAGGACGACGUUGCUGUAUCUGUUUGAGGGCCUGUCUAGCUCUCUGUUUCCGGCCAGCCACUCUUUCGACGUGGAAACGCUAAAGGAAGUCCACGAGAUCCGCAAGACGACGAGUAAGAAGGACGACGACCUUCGCCGCAAGGAGCUUCUCGCCGUUUUGGCGCCGCAGCUACUAUCAGUCGUCGCUGCUGCGCCCAAGGAGCUGACGUCGACGGCAUUUGGCUGUCAGCUUGUCACCGACGUGCUCCUGUCCGAAACCGCCGACAAGAAAAGUGCGCUCAAGGCCAUGGCACAGUCCGCCGCCGGCGAUCCGGAGGAAGAGCCGGCCGAGGAUAGCCUGUCGCCUCUGCCGCACAUUUCGAAAACACCCUUUGGCGGUCGCAUGCUGAAGUCUCUGAUCCAGGGCGGCAGGUUCGACAGAGCCGCGGGCAAGGUGGUCCCGGUGCAGCCGCCAAUGGGCUUCUCCAACGUGCUCUAUCCCGUCAUCAAGGACUACGUCAUGGAUUGGGCCACUGGCCCCAGCUCGUUUGUGGUCGUUGCUCUAUUGGAGGCUGGUGACUUUGACAAGGUGGACUCGUUGAAGAAGAUUCUGAAGAAGAAUCGGGAGCAGCUGGAAAAGGCGGCAACGGAAAUGACGACGGAGCAAAAGGCGGCCCGGGAGGCAAACGAGGCCAAGUCGGGGGAAAAGGGCGACAAGAAGAAGAAGAAGAAGAAGACGGAGGCAGCGGUCGGGAACAUGGGCAGUAAAUUGCUGUUGGAGAAGCUGUGA